CAUUGCAUGCCGCGAUGUCUUCGCAGUGACAUUUUGGUUACGUUGCCCUCCCUACCUGUCAAAGCGGAUUCCUUUGAAGGUUUCUGAAACUGGCGGAGCCCCCUGACGCGAUGCAUCCAGAAGACGAACUAUCAUCAGCAGCAGCGACUGGGAACACUGAACGUGUUCGGUUAUUACUUCAAAACGGAGCAAAUGUCAACAGUAUUAACACAUUUGGGAGGACACCUAUACAGGUUAUGAUGAUGGGCAGUACACCUGUGGCGCAGUUGUUGCUCGAUCAUGGAGCCGAUCCAAACGUCUCGGACGAAAGCACCGGCGCUACCCCGCUGCACGACACUGCAAGGUUGGGCUUCUUGGAAACUGUUCGGAUUUUAGUGCAGCACCACGCCGAUCCCAACGCUACAGAUAACAGAAACUGUCGACCCGCUGAUUUAGCCCGAGAAAACGGUUUUCUGGACGUUGCUGAAUUUUUGGACAAUGUGUAA